UCCAACAAAAAUCCUGAGCAAGCCUACCUUCAGCUUAUAAUUUGCUCUGGAUAGCCUUUAUUUAUAUGCAUCCCUAAUUCAAGAUAUACCGAACUCGAUGAAGAUCACUAUUGCUACUCUAUCUCGAAUAUCGAUGCACAAAUAGCCUAGCUGAUUGUAAUAGACAUUUCGGCCGUCUAUCCGGAGCGAAUACCUUACACAGCCCAUACCAAUUCAAGCUGAUGUUGUCAAGGACAAGAGUCACGUGAUGUAUGAAGGCAAACACAUACACUUCUCAGAGGUGGACAAUAAGCCGUUGUGCUCAUACAGCCCAAAGCUCUGCAAGCAGCGCAGACUAAAUGGCUACGCUUUCUGUAUCCGGCACGUUCUGGAGGAUAAGACAGCCCCCUUCAAGCAAUGUGAAUAUGUGGCCAAGUAUAAUAGCCAGCGAUGUACCAACCCCAUCCCAAAGUCUGAAGACCGCAGAUACUGCAACAGUCAUCUGCAGGUUCUUGGCUUUAUCCCCAAGAAAGAGCGGAAAAAGAAACAUGAUGCUUUGGAGGAUAUGCGCUCGCGGGCUCACCUGGAGUCAGUGGCUCUCAAUAUAACUGUGCCCUCUUUAGCUUUGAAAGCUUCCAAUGGUCUAGAUGAACUUCCCCCAUCUCCUCCAUGUACACGCCUGUUACCCCUUCCUGAUGGGGAACUCCUGGACCCUUUUGCCUUUUAUGAGGACGACACAGACGGGGAGGAGGUUGGCACUCCUCGGAAGAGCAACGCCAUCAAGAAGAAAUUACAGAGUCGGCUGGUGCUUAACCAGAAACUCUGCCAUGACACGGACCUCUUCCAGCCACCUCCUGAGCACUUUAACCCCUCCCCUGCCCCCCGUGUCCACCCCUCGUCGCCGCUCAACAGUCAUCUCCCACGGCAGCAGUCAGGUCUUCUCCAGCCGCCCCAGCACUCCAGUGGGACUUCCUUCAACUUCCCAGGACAGCAGCAGGGUUUAUUAUGCAAUCCACCACCACCUCAGACAGUCAACUUUCUGCCUCCAGGGGUGCUUGCUAAUGCAGCACCCAGUCCAGUGCAACCCUCUGGGCCAUCACUCAGCAGGAAAAUGCCUUUCACUGCUACACACUUGGUAGUCAUGCGUCCCGCUGCCUUUUCACCUUCUGCCAGCUGCCUGGCCAGGUUGCAACAUCUGGUGCAGCUCUGUGCCAAGAGACACCGGGAGCAUGGAGAUCUCUUUCCUCAUCUAGGAUUGGACUGGUCAGAGGACAGUGCUGAUGACGAUGAGGAGGAGGAGGAAGACGACGCAGAUAGAUUUGUUCCCUGUCAGAACUCUUGGAGACCACAGAACGGGUUGGAAGAAGAUGGCGAUUCCUCUCGGAGAACGCGGCUACUUAGGCUUUGCUCGUACCUCCAGGAGAAAUACAAGCACAUGUGCAGGCAGGAGAGGGCAAGUAUCCGCCAGAAGAGAUAUCGCUAUGCCUUCCGCAAAGCCUUGCUGCACGCGGCCAGUAAAAACCCUGAUUGCGCGGGCCAGCUGAUCCAGGAGUUGCGUGGUUCCUCUCGAAGCUCUUCAAGUGUGGCUCCAGCAAAGCAGCAGAACACAGACACAGGGACCUGCACAGGCAGCACAAAGGGCCAGGCUUGCAACAACAGAGCUCUGCCCUUCACUCAGCACUGUUUUCAGCACAUUCUGUUGAAUCGUUCCCAGCAGCUCUUUGCUAGUUGCACAGCCAAAUUUGCGGACGGUCAGCAGUGCUCGAUCCCUGUGUUUGACAUCACGCACCAGACACCACUCUGUGAAGAACAUGCCAAAAAGAUGGAUAACUUCCUGCGUGGGGAUGGUAACCGACGAGUGCAGCACCAGCAGCAGCAGCAGCGUAAGCCACGUAAAAAGACCAAACCACCGGCGCUCACCAAAAAACACAAGAAGAAGAGGAGGAGAGGGCCGUGGAGGCCUCAGAAACCCAUCCCUCCAGCAUUGCCACAGGGGAACCUGGGAAUGCCUUCUACAAGCCUAGCAAUGCCCUCACAGGCCAGCAUCAGGAGCCCUUCAACUCCAGACCUGAGUACAGAGGAGCUUCCUGACGAUAUCACCAAUGAAAUGGCAGACAUUCCAAAUGACCUAGAGCUAAACCAGGAGGAUUUCUCUGACGUAUUACCCAGACUACCUGACGACUUGCAGGACUUUGACUUGUUUGAAGGUAAAAAUGGGGAGCUACUACCCACCACGGAGGAGGCUGAGGAGCUGGUGCGUGCACUGCAGGCUAUGGGGUCCUACCCAGACUCCUUGGUGUGCCUGACCUCCAUGGGAGACCUGGCCCCUUCAGAAGGAGUGGACCACCGAGCCAUGUCUGUGUUCCCUGGUCCAGUCCAGCCAGGGGGUAUGGGGGAUCUGCUCAACAGCCGCAUCCCAACAGAGAACUUCACCAGCCUCGAGCUGGAGGACAAUCUACUGCAGUCCACAGGCGGUCACUUUCCUCCCUCGCCACCAUCUCAGCCUGCUAACACGCCCCCAACGUCAGGCUCCAACCUGACCUCAUCUUCUUCUACAGUAGCCCCCUCCACCACCUCCCUGCUCACUCAGACCUCCCUGACAGAGCGAACGUUUUCCCGGACGCACACAUCCCACGUCCUGGCCAAGUCAGACGCACCCACAUCAUCUCCCCAAGGCAGCCACUACAGCAGUGAGCAUGUGCCAUCCCCAUACAGUGACCAAAUAUCUUCGCCCCAUGCCAGUUCCUUCCAGACAGACACCCCUCUGCUGCUGGAAGUCCCUCUUAGCGGUGUACCAGGACCCCCACGCUCGUCAUGGAACAAUAUCCCUCUCCCCAUCACUGACCCCACACAGUUUGGAAAUCUCAUCGGAUCAGAAAGUCAUCUCAUAUCCACUUCCCUGUCCACUCCCCCCGCCACCACCCACUCUGUGACGCUGCAGCCUAUGGCUGCUCUCUCAGCGAUGCCUCAGAGUGGCUUGACAGGCUUAACGACAUCCCCUGCCCCCUCGUCCUCACUCCCAUCCUCUUCACAUGAUCUCUUGACCUCCACGCAGCCCAAGCAACAGCUCCCUCAGUUCAGCGCGGCCUUCGGCCAUCAAUUGGCCUCCCACAGUGGCAUCCCGAAAGACGUGCAGCCCAGCCACAGCUCUACAGCACCCCCCGCUGGCUUUUCCAUAGUUAGUGCCACCGCUGCAAGUGCCAACAGCGCCACACCACCCUUCACGCAAAGUAAAUAAGAGCAGGCAGCCUGCAGCAGCUGCAUGAUGGUCUGUGGACUCACAGUCACUUACAAUCCACUCCACUGGCUUCAGAUUGACCACCCUUCUUCAUCUGCUACAUGUGUGCAAUGUGGUAAUCGUGCACUAUUUGAUAAUCAAUUUGCACAACCUCAGAUUUUCCUCAAUAUUUUCUAUUGUCGUUCUUUUAUUCUGUAACCAGAUGGUCUCUGGGAUUCUAAGUCAGUGUGAGUCCACUAGUUUGAUGCCUUGUGGUUGCGUCAGUUGGGGGUUACAGUCAUAGACAGACUUUGUGAUGAAAUAAACGGGUGAAGAUUGGCAGAAGGACCUUUUAGCAGAGAUUAGCUGUGUCAGCGCGCUCAGAAUAUAUUGACGUAGAAUCCUCAAAUCAGUGGUCGGUUUCGUUUGCUUUGCAAGUUCAGUCCUGUCUAUAAAUGAUCAAGUAUACCCUGCCUUGCUCAGAUGGCCAUUGCAUUUUUACUUUUUAUCUGUUUCAUACACUGCUUCUGUCAACCCUCUGAAAAACAAGAGUGCAGAUCGUGAUAUAUGUGACCCAUUAUGUUUCAAGCUAUUUAACCGUUAUCAUGAUAUAGAAUCUUAAUGAGUCAGAUUUCACAGUCAUAUAAAUUUACCAAAAUACUUUUAAACUGUCGUUUUUAUAUUGUGUAUACUGUAUAUGUGCUCAUUUAUGGGUUUGCUCAGACGUUAAAAUCUCUGACCUCACCAUUGGUUGCGGGACGGAGUGGCCCAGUAGACACUUGAAGGUAAAUAUAGUUUCUUAAAGCAAUAAACACAUUAACAUGAAUUUAGCAUUGUAAGGUAUUUUAUUGGUCUCAUUACAUGUAGCUUCACUUGGUGAAUCCAGUCUGACAUGGAUCAGGAAUAUAUUUUGGUCUCUAUAAUAAUUUCACUUUGAACUAUAGAGACCAGUGAUCAGGUCAGUCCAACCUCUACGCUCCGGUCACACUGAGUUGAUUUGUAAGGCUAAUAAAUGAGCUUCAGUGUUGAAGGAUGAUGAAGGUGUAAUCCAGGGACUUUUAAGUGUCUACUCUCAAAGGUGCUCUCUAGUCUGCGUAUACGAAUAGUCUUGCAUGUCACAUAAAAGGCUAACUCAGUUUCGAGACUCCACUUCUUAGUCAAUUUGUAUUGAAGAUUCAUAUUUUACUCACCGGACAGGUGUAACAUGAUGGUAUAGAUUGGUGUGCUGUGCACAUGUGAGGUAUAGCACUGUCUGUUUUAUUCUACAACUGCAUAAUAAAAUGAUUUUAAGGUAAAUGAUGCAAACCUGGGGUCUGAUCUUAAUUGUAAGGCCACCUGAGAUACAGCAGUACAACCAUGGCUUUUGAUAGAUAUUAUAUUAGACAUAUGACAGCUUGUCAGACAUUGUUGAGUAUUAGGUAUAUAGAGUAGCAAUCUCUAUCUUGGGGUUUGUUGGUGAAUUAUUGAGUAGUAUUCAGUGGAACCUGUGUCUUGUAGAACAAGUCUGUUGUUUUUAAUGGCUAUCAAAAUGGUUGUACGUUCUCUUUGAAGCUGUGUAUGUUGUCAUUUUGUAUUUAAUAUUCUGAUGGAGAAUAUUUUUGAUAGCUAUUAAAUACCUGCUAAAAGUCUAAGAUUGCAUGGGGCAGCAACCUUUUGUGUGAGAGCAUAUUAAUAUUGGAUUAUGGUCAAAGGCUUGAUUGUUGGUGGUAUAAAACAUAGGAAUUAUAUGCAUUACCAUUUCAUUUCCUGGAGGAAAACAGAUCAAUGGAUGUUGUAUUUCAACACAAAUUUGCACAGAAUUGAGUGGAUGAGGCCGGUGGUGGUCCACAUGUCCCGUGUCUGUCUUGCCUUUUUAAAAAUGUUUUAAGUUUUUGCUUGGACGCUCAUUGAAUGAACAGCGGCCAUCAUUACCAGCUCUGAUCCUGCACCAGACCCUCAUUUCCAGCUGUGAGAAGGCCCAGUUCUGUCUCUCCCUUCCAAAGAGAAAACACAUUAUCACGUGUAAAACCCGUAGCUCCACCUGAGACAACUGGGCUUCUCAGCGACUGCAGCAUUAUCACUUCAAGUCAUGAAGGGUGCCCCCUAAAAUAAAAAAAAUAAAUAAAAAUUAAAAAAAUCUGGUUGGAUGAAAUUGUUUGAAAUAAGCAAGGCAAUACUGCUGUACCCACAUAGCAUGAGAUUAGUUGCACCAGUUUACUCUCCUGACAACCAAGUAGAACAAAAUGAACAGGGCUCGUAGGCACAUGUAACUGCUUGAAUUCAGAGAUGGCUGACAAAUUCCUAUAUUCAUUGAAUGUACUGUAUUACUGUUUUUAAAGAUAGGAUGAGCUAAUCUAGUCACCUUUUGUUAUUGGUCUUGUUUAAUUUGUCUAAGGUAUUUUUUGUAUACAAAGGUUUACAUUUUUAUGUAUAUUUUUCUUGUGUACAAAUUAUGUAAUAUGUGUACAAACACUGUAUGUAAUAUCUGUAUAUAGUGUGAGAAAUUUGAUCUUCUGUUUUUGGAUGUAUAAAUAAAACUUGCUGUGAGGUA